AAUACGUCACAAUUCACGUCAUUUUUUGUGAAGCUGGGCUAUGGGUGAUAGCGGCUGAUUUUGUAUUCCUAUUUAAAUUAUUAAGUACUAGUAAAAACUUAGUUUAGCUAUAACUAUCACGGCCCUCAGUGUAAAAGGGAAUAAAUAUGUCAUAUUCAAAUAAGUAUACGUUUGCGGCUUUGCCUAGAACACAGCGCGGUACGCCUUUAGUGUUGGGAGGUGAUCCUAAAGGGAAGCAUUUUUUGUAUACGAACGGGAAUUCGGUAAUUAUAAGGGAUAUCGAAAAUCCGGCGAUAUCUGAUGUAUAUACCGAACAUUCGUGUCAAGUUAACGUCGCGAAGUACUCACCGAGUGGUUUUUACAUCGCGUCUGGAGAUGUUUCCGGCAAAGUUCGUAUAUGGGAUACCGUGAACAAGGAACACAUUCUCAAGAAUGAGUUCCAGCCAAUCGGUGGACCGAUCAAGGAUAUCGCCUGGAGUGCUGACAGCCAGCGAAUGGUGGUCGCUGGUGAAGGAAGGGAACGCUUCGGACACGUGUUCAUGGCUGAGACGGGUACAUCGGUUGGGGAGAUCAGUGGACAGUCAAAGCCAAUCAACUCGGUCGAUUUCCGGCCCGCGAGGCCCUUCAGGAUCGUCACCGCGUCGGAGGACAACACGCUGGCCGUGUUUGAAGGGCCCCCCUUCAAGUUCAAGUGCACUAAACAGGAGCACACGCGUUUCGCUCAAGCCGUCAGGUACAGCCCUGACGGUAGUCUGUUCGCGUCAGCAGGCUUCGACGGAAAGAUCUUCCUCUUCGAUGGAGUGACCUCGGAACUCAAGGGAGAGAUAGGCUCACCAGCUCAUAAGGGUGGCGUGUACUGUAUCUCGUGGUCGGCGGACGGAAAGCAGCUCCUGUCAUGUUCCGGCGACAAGACCUGUGCUAUAUGGGACGUUGAAACUAGGGAGAGAACGGUCACCUUCAAUAUGGGAAACGCUGUUGAGAACCAACAGGUGUCCUGUUUAUGGCAGAGGGACCACAUUAUAACAAUAUCUCUGUCGGGCGACAUCACGUACUUGGACCCUUCCAACCCUGAGAAGCCGGUGCGCGUGGUCACGGGCCACAACAAACCCAUAACCUGCCUCGCUCUACACGGAACCUCCCUCUUCACAGCCAGUCACGAUGGCGUCGUCACGAGGUGGAAUGUUAAUACUGGUGAGGCUGUGCACAUUUCCGGUCCAGGUCACGGCAACCAGGUGAAUGGUAUGAAGGCUUGCGAGGACGGCAGUCUAUUGACAUGCGGCAUAGACGAUACCUUGAGGAAGGCUGUCCCGGCUAGCGAAGGGGACAUACCAACAUAUUCGUCUGAUGCCACACCUCUGGGAUCUCAGCCGAAGGCCUUGGAUCAUCUGGAGGGUGAAGGAACUACAGUUGUGGCGACCGUCAAAGAGCUCCUAGUACUGAAAGGCAAUGUUAAGCAAUCAUCGCUGUCUCUAAGCUAUGAACCGAGCUGUGUCACAAUAGACCCAGUGUCCAAACACGUUGCUGUUGGUGGUGAUGACAACAAGGUCCACAUAUAUUCCCUAUCGGAUCUGUCACUCAUCAAUGAGCUGGAACACCUGGGCCCGGUCACAGAUGCUCGGUACAGUCCCAACAGUCGCUACUUAGUGGCCUGCGACGCUCACAGGAAGAUCAUACUAUAUACUACUGAGGAAUAUAAGCUAGCUCACAAAGCCGAGUGGGGCUUCCACACGGCCCGCGUGAACCGUGUCGCCUGGAGCCCUGACAGUUUGAGAGUUGUCUCCGGGGCCCUAGACACCUGCCUCAUAGUAUGGAGCGUCGCUGCUCCGACUAAGCAUAUCGUUAUUAAAAACGCUCACCCACAGAGCCAGAUCACGGGUGUGUCGUGGGUCGACGACGAGACCAUCGUGUCGGUCGGUCAGGACGCCAACACGCGCGUGUGGUCGGUGCCUAACGCUUAACUCAAGCUUACAACAUCCGUGUAUUGGGAACCUUACUAUUAAAGUAUUAUGUAAUGUAUUUGUACGCGCCGUAUGCGGCGUCACAGAAAAUUCUCAAGAAUAUUCAUAUAAAUUUUCUCGCGACUCAACGGUUACGUUUAAUCAAGAGAUAACUUUAAUAUAUACUAACAUAUUUAUUUGCUUGAGUAAGUUGAAACUUUAACCGGUUUGUUACUAACGGCCGUGUUUUUGCAUUUUCUUUUUUAAUGUUAUUAAGCUUGAAAGAUCUCGAGAUGUAUCUAAUAAAUAUUUUUUCUACUCAUAAUGUAGGCUGUCGUUUUCUAUUAAUAGCGUGGACCUUGCGUCGUCCCGUCGAUAUAUUUUGUUCAGAACAAAAAUAAUAAUAAUAAUAAUAUUUGGAACAGUAUUUUUGUACUUCGUAAUAUUUUCACGUUUUUUUUUUCUCCAUGCAGUUUGUACUAAAAAUUUUUUAAUGUAAGAAAUAAAUAAAUUGUGUACACUUGUA